UAGUAAGUAAGAUGAGAUAAAAAGAACAUUUAUCUUCUAUAUUUUUGUGGAUGACAACUAAUAGGCAAAAACGUUUAGGAUAAUUAUGUAAUUAGCAUCAGGUUGAUUUAACAAAAGGAGGAAGAAAAAAAAGUGGUUGAUAAAAAAUAUCCUAAAUAAUGUUAUCCAAAAUGUGGGGCCGACGGGUGCGCCAAUAUCUUCCACAAGAAAACACACAGCAAAGUAGGCGGAGAGAGAGAGCCGAUAAGAAGAAGAAGAAGAAAAAAAAGAAAAAAAAAAGUGAUGCCAAUGCCAAACCCUCACGAGCAACUGCCGCGUGUCCCCGCCUCUCUUCCAUUCUCAGCCACAAGAUGUUUUCUCUUCUCGAAUUUCCCCUCCCCCAACCCAACUAAUGAAAAAAACAACAAUUCGGGACCAAAAAUUAAAUAUUGCUUGCUGAGGUGUCACCCUCCUUUGCCUUUCCUUUUUUCCGCCCUCUCCUUGUUUAUUUAUUUCACAAACCCUCCCUCCCUUGACCCGAACCAUUUCCUUUUACAUCUCCCUCCCUCCAUGUUUCCUCUCCGCUCUUUGAUCCUUUCCUUCUCUACUUGAGAUUUUCCCCCGGGAAAUUUCUUGUGUUUUCCGUGCGGCCAAUCACUACUCUUCGCUGUCGGCUGCUUCUCGACCUCCGGGAGACUUUUCCUCUUUAGUUAACCAGAGUCCUUGCAGAGAGAGAGAGAGAGAGAGCUGCUUCCUCUUCUGCUGCUGCUACUUCACCUUUCCUCGGCUACCGAGUAGUGGAGAUCGGAUUCUAUUUCUUCUCAUGUGAGUUUUCUCGACUUCGGUUGCUAAUUUCUUCUUUUUUUCCUUUCUCUGACUUCGUCGGUGAUAUAUUCAUGUACUGAUUACGGCGACUCUGUUGUUUCUUUACAGAGAUUUGCGAAUCUGAGGCUUCAAAUCGGAAGAUUAGGUCCAGGUCCAUGGCUGCUUCUCAGGAUCAAGUUCAGGAAGCUGACAUGUCGGGUUCAGGAGGUGAAUGCUACGACGACAAUGGUGGAGAGCAAUUGAUGGAAUUGAAUUCAUUUGGGGGUCUUCAGCAGACUCCCAAACUGAGGAAGCCUUAUACUAUCACUAAACAGAGGGAGAAGUGGACGGAGGAGGAACACCACAAGUUCCUUGAAGCUCUCAAGUUGUAUGGCCGUGGCUGGCGUAAGAUUCAAGAACAUGUAGGCACCAAAACCGCUGUUCAAAUUCGAAGCCAUGCCCAAAAGUUUUUCUCCAAGGUGGCGCGGGAGACUACUGGUGUUUCAGAGAGCUCCUUGAAGCCAAUUGAGAUACCCCCUCCUCGUCCAAAGAGGAAACCGUCGCAUCCUUAUCCUCGUAAAUGCAUUGAUGCUCCUGAAAGAUCCGAGUCCCCAAGUUUGUUGGCCAUGGAGAAGGGAAACCAUUCUCCUACCUCUGUCUUGUCUGUGGUUGCCUCGGAGGCAUUGGGCUCUCCAGCUUCGGGGUUGCUAUACCGCUGCUCUUCGCUGACCUCAUGUACCAGCGAUGUUCAGUCCUUCAGCUUAUUACCUCGUGAGAAAGACAGUGGGACCGUUGUAUCAGAUGUCUCUCCACUCCAAGAAAACACAAAUUCUUCACCAGAAGGAGCAUCUUCUGAUCCAAUGACCGAAACGUCUCUCACGAAUUCGGAGGAUGGCUCCAAGAAUCCAUCUUUCCCUGAAGUAGAGGCAGCAGUCCCAAUGGCACGUUCCAAGAGCUUCAAGUUGUUUGGGAGGACGGUGUUGGUUACAGAGUCUGAGAAGUAUGUGGCAGCGGGCAGCCAACCAAAUGUUGACAUCUUCCUUGAUAAUGGCGAACAGAAGUCCUCAGACAUCAAAUUGUCACUGGGUUUAGCGAACCAUGACUGUAAUUGGUUGCCUUCGUCUCGUCUCCGCAUGGAAGUUGAGGGAGAGAACACUGGCAUCUCAGAAGCUGCUUGUUCAAUACCACCAUUGACUUUAUUUGAUGCACUGUCGAAGAGUCCUCUGCGGUCAUUUACGGGGGACAAUUCAAAGGAGAAGGAUGUCGUGGAGGAAAGGUCUUGUUCCGGCUCAGAUGCAGGAUCAACAAGUGAAGUAGAGAAAAGAGGGAGAUCCAUGGACGUAGGGGAGUCCCAAUGCCAAAUAUUACCCCGUGUGGAGGAAAUGUUUGCCAGUAGUGUGAGGAGCAAUUCGACGAGGGGUUUUGUGCCAUACAAGAGGUGCCUAGCAGAGAGGGACAUGAAAUCGUCAUUGGUUGCUUCGGAAGAGCGAGAGCAGCAAAGGGCUAGAGUUUGCUCUUAGCCCUUAAUCUCUCCCAUUUGCCCUUUGUGUAUAAAGGUUGAAGAAGAGGAGCUAAUUUUGAUGGCGGUGAAGGCCCUGAAGUAGCUAUGUAGUUAACGUUAUAGAGACCCUGUAGAGCAGAAAACUGAUUUUUGGUCUUUAUAGUCUCUUCAAUUGAAGCAGCGGCUUGCAAAAGUUGGCGGCUUUUAGCACAGAAGAGGAGACGGCAAAGAUUCUUGUGUGAUGAUAAUGUGGAUACAGGAGAGCUCCCCUACUAAUUGUAAAUUAUUCAUCGCUAAGGUUCUGUUUGCUGCAGAAGCUGGAUGAUCGGAUCGAUGGUCCUGCGCCUGCUGUUGCUGCUACGAGUUUAGGGCCGGAAAAGUCCUGCAAUUUAACUUAAAACUGUUUUGGCUCGAAUAAGUUGAUCUGUUGGUU